AUGACAAUUUUAUCACCAUUGACAGUAGCCCCUGGAAAGGCUGAUUAUCUUGAUUACGUUAACGAUAGUGUGAUAGAAACUAAAUGGCUUGAAGAAAAGUUUGGGGCAAUUGCAAUUACUGAAUAUGACAAGCCAUUGAUCCAUCAUAAUUUAAAGGACAAACCUGAGUUAAAGAAAGAUGAAGUGCUCAUCAGAAACAAAGUGGUUGGCCUAAACCCCAUUGACUGGAAAUCGAAAAAGUAUCGUUUUGCGAUUUAUCAUUUUCCUUGGAUAAAUGGAAGGGAAAGUAGCGGAACAAUUGUCCAACAGGGCGACAAAAAGUCAGAUCUUCUUGGAAAGAAUGUUUUUAUAGCCAGCACAAGUUAUCGUGACAAUAGAACAAGUACGUUUCAAGAGUAUAGUGUGAUGAAUCGAAACUUAGUCUGGGAACUUCCCGAGUCAUUUACAUUAGAGAAUGGUGCUACACUUGGAGUGGGAUUGGUUACUGCAGGUGUUUUAAUUACCGACAGCCUUGGUUUAAGUCUCCAAAGCUCUUAUGGUAUAGAAGUUUUUGUUAUUUGGGGUGGUUCAACUGUGGUUGGAAUUUAUGCUGCUCAACUUGCUAAGUUUCUCGGUUUUAAAGUCAUCUCAAUUUCUAGUCUUGACACCCAGUCUUACCUUCUCAAUGAAAUUGGAGUCGAUAAAGUAGUGAAUAGAAAAAAAUCUUUCAAAGAUAUAAAGGAAGACGUUUAUAUUUAUUUGAAGGAUUUGGGUCUCGAAGGUACUGGAAUAAAAUACGCGAUUGAUUGUGUUUCGAAAGAGACAUCACUUCAAUUGAUUGACUUACUAAUAGACUCCAGAAACAAAUCAGCCGACAAAGCAGAAUUUGUUGGAGUGGUGGCUAAACCUAAAGAUAUCGAGUCAGUGAAAGUAAGAGAUCUUACCAUUAAAAAAUUUCACGAAGAUAUUGAGUAUGGGAAAAAACUUGUGAGAGAAACAUCUAAACUAUUGCAAGAUGGAAAAAUCAAACCUGUUAGGCAUAAAUUAUACUCUGGCGGUCUAGAAGAGAUUGUCAUAGCCUUGAAUGACUUAGAAGUGAAAGGAGCGUCCGCAGAAAAGUAUGUAGUUAAGAUAGUUUAG